AUGUCCCUCUUCGCCUGGGCCUCGCGCCGUGCAGGCGGCUUGGCCAUGCUGGCCCUGCUGUCUCUCAGUUACUGGGUUAUCUCGAAAGAAUCAGCUGCUUCGGCACAAGGUUACAAUUAUAUGCAUCAGGACAGCCUUAGCGCCAUCACGCCGACGUUCAAGGGCGCCGGCUACUGGACCGUCAUCUUCGCAUACUACUGCCUGUUUAUUCACAUCCUCGUCUUCGCCUUCCCUAUCCGAUGCUGCUACGCCGUCUUCGACAUGACCCGCAGCCUCAAGAAGAUCGCUCGCAACAAGACCCUGAGGGAUUACAAGUUCUCUCAUCGCCGUCGCGGCUCUUCCACCUCCCUGUCCAGCUCCGAGACGUUGACCUCAUCCCACGGCUGCUCCGCCUCCAGUAGCGAAGCUGGCGACACCGAGCCCGAGCUCUACACCGACGCCGAUGGCGAACCUGACCGCGUCAUUCACGCCAUCAUCAUUCCCAACUACAAGGAGGAGAUGGACACGCUGAAGGAGACCCUUGAGGUCCUUGCCUCGCACCCUCAGGCUCGCAGCUGCUACGACGUUUACCUGGGCAUGGAGCAGCGUGAGCCCAACGUCGAGCUCAAGGCCAUGUCUCUCAUCCAAGAAUUCGUCAAGAAGUUCCGCGGCAUCGACUACACUGUUCACCCUUCCGACAUCCCAGGGGAGUCCGCCGGAAAGGGAAGCAACGUGGCAUGGGCUGCCCGCAAGUUGAGCCAAAAAUACUCAAUGACCGCCCGCAAGGAUGUGAUCAUUACAGGAAUUGACGCCGACAGCCACCUCUCGGCCAACUACUUCGCCCUGCUUACCACCAUGCACCUAUCAUACCCCGAAACAGCAAAGACCACCCUUUACUCGGCCCCAAUCAUCUUCGACCGCAAUGCCCACGCCGUUCCCGCCAUUGUCCGUGUUGCCGACAUCCUCUGGGGUGCCGGUGGCAUGUCUGGAUUGUACGGCGGCUCGACCAUUGCGCCUCCCACGUCCGUCUACUCUGUUCCCUUGGAUCUUGUCGACCGCGUCGGUGGCUGGGACUGCGACAACGAGGCUAUCGGUGAGGAUUUGCACAUGUACCUGAAGUGUUUUUUCGCACUCAACGGAAACUUGACGGUCCGAACCGUGCUCAGCCCCGUCAGCCAGAGCAACGUUUGCGGCAACGGCUCCAAGGGUCUGCGCGGACUCUACUCGGAUAUGCAGGCCCGGUACAAGCAGGCUAUGAGACACAUGUGGGGUGCUCUGGAUUCCGGAUACGCUCUCCGCAAGGUCGUCGAGCUCUGGCAAGAGCGCAAGCACACCUCUCGCGCUUUCCGCCCUCUGCACACCUCUCUCGGCGACGCCUCUGAUGUUUACGUCCCCGAGGCCCCUCUUGACCAGGAGAACCCCGAGCAACCCCGUGAGAGCGGCAUCUUCUCCGAUGUCACGCACGACACUCUCCAGGCCCCUAACUGGGAACGCAUCGUCUACCUCUUCCACCGUCUGUUCGAGGCCCACUUCCUGCCGCUGCAGAUGACCAUCCUCGUCGUCGCUUCCACUUUGUACGUCUGGGUCACCGAGGGCAGUGAGGAGGUCGCUCACCUCCGCUGGAUCUUUGACAUUUGCAACGUUCUGCGCACUCUCGGCUUCAUGGAGAUUGCACUCUACCUGUUCCUGUACGAGAGCUUCCACCGCAUCUGCGUCAAGUCCCGCCAGCGCGAGAUGUCCGAAGCCGGUCUUUCCGACGGCAUGAACUUCUCUUACCGCAGCGUCAAGAAGAACUUUAUCGACUACGCCAUGGUUCCCUUGGUGGCUCCCAUUUACGGAGCCAUCCCCUGCGCCCAGGCCCAGCUGUGCCAUUUCUGGACGCUGGACCUGGUGUACUCGGUCAGCAAAAAGGUCACCCGACAAAGGGCGAAAUCACUUUCAGCAGACGAAAUGGCGUAA